GUUAUCGAGUUAUUGUUCUAGUUUGAUAACAUAAUUAAAAGUAUUUGAUGACAUGUUGUGAUUGAAGUAUUAAGCACACGAUGUUUAAACAAUUGUUGAUUUAAUAACUUCACUACUUUAUAAAUAAGUGAUUGUGAUAACAGUUAUGUUUUUCAUUUAAUAACAAAUAAUUAAAGGUCACAAUGCCUGACCAUCACUACAGGGAAGCGGCUGAAUCUUUAUUGGAAAGUGUAUCAAAUACACGCUAUAGAACUGUUUCACAAACGCAUUCAGUGAAUCUAACAACGGAGGACCUGCUUGCCGGGUACCGCCCGUAUGGCAGGAUGUCGUCCGUCCGAAGGUUCUUCUGUCUGUUUGUCACAUUCGAUCUCCUCUUCACAAGUCUCAUGUGGCUGAUAUGUGUUAUGAUGAAAGGCGAGUCGCUAGUGUUGAUAUUCAACAGAGAGAUAGUACAAUACAGUAUAAAGACAUCUCUAUUUGAUGUAGUCCUGGUAGCUAUACUAAGGUUUCUGGUGCUUAUCCUGUUUUAUGCAGCCUUGUAUAUUAAUAAUUGGAGUGUUAUUGCUCUGUCGACUGGUGGGACUUGUGCUUUUUUAAUAGCCAAAGUGUUUGUUUUUGAUUGGCCAAAUGCCUCUCAGCCGGUGUACCAAGUGUUCCUGAUCCUGACUUCAUUCACGCUGGCUUGGGGCGAGGCCUGGUUCUUAGACUUUAGGGUACUGCCUCUAGAAAUGGGAGCCAGUAGUCACCGGCCGACAGUAUCAGAGCGGACUCCAUUGUUGCAGCCGGUGAGACCUGCAGUGCCUCACUCCACGUAUGGAGAGUCAACUGUGAACUGGUUCUCACCAGUCGAGACUCCUGAAGCAAGUCCUAGACCUAGACUGCCUGGAGAGCAAGUUAUAUUGACACAGGAGUUGAUAGACGAAUAUAAACAGCAAGCAGAGGAAAGCCUACAAACAUCAUGGCGCAUCCUCAACCUGCCGACAUGGCGGUUGGAGAAGCGAGGUUCGCACCGCGGCGACGUGGUUGAGUCAGUCAAUGUAGACCAGCUUGGCAAAGUCUACAGGUUCACCGGUGUAGUGGAUUGUCCGGCAAAGUUCCUGUAUGAGGAAUUCAAAAACAAUAUGGCCAAGUUACCGGAAUGGAACCCUACUAUAUUAAAGACUGAAUUUAUUAAGGAGAUAGGUCCAGGCGUGGACCUAUCAUAUCAGGUGACAGCGGGUGGUGGCCGCGGCAUCAUCGCGCCGCGGGACUUUGUCAUCCUGCGGCGCACCGCGGCGUUGUCGCGGGAUGGCCGCGUCACCGACACGGAGCCCUACUGCUACAUGACCAGUGGGAUCAGUGUACAGGUGCCCGGAUAUCCACCUCAGAAGGAUAUGGUCAGGGGACAUAAUAAAGUUGGGAGUUGGGUGAUGAAGCCCAAAUCAACACAGACUCCUGGUGGGAAGAUUGAAGAAUGUACUAUAUUCCAUUGGCUGAUGUGCUGUGAUCUUAAAGGUAAAAUUCCCCAGUUCGUCCUGGACGCGGCAUUCGCUACAGUCAUGUUGGAUUACAUAGUUCACGUGCGGAAGUUCGCUGCUGAAUCUAAAGCUAAGGGUCUCUUUUAACUAACUUCAGGUAGCUGAAUAAUAUGGUGCUUUAUAGCUGUUAGCUAGUUCAAAACCCCGCGUAUAAUAAGUGAAAGAUAACAUAAAGGUGAAUAUACACUAGUGCAGUGUUUCCC